UCUCUCUCUCUCUCUCUCUCUCAGUGGUUGCCAGUAGUUGCGAGGCUUCCUGAGUGUCCUGGUCUGCGCCGGAGGUCGUCGCUCCACGAGCUUGGUCUGCGGGACGCACGGGCUCGGGGAGACCCCACGUCCACACCGUUAGGAGUCAUUUACAGACAGAAAAGCCCAGGAUCGCAGACAUAUACUGGGAUUACUUAUCGCGUCAUCCGUACAGCUCUUUCUACGCGCUCACUGGUGCUCCUUCUCUCUCCUAGAUGGUCAGGAGUACCUGGACACUGUUUUCGUGAGAUGUUUCCAGAUGUGAAGCUUAUGACGGGGACAAGGGAACUGGCUCGGAGUCUCACCUGGUUCAUGUUGGACAGGCUUUUCUUGGUGGCAGACACCCUGUGCCCUGCUUGUUGGCUCCAGGAUUAGUGCGCUGUGUCCCGUGGAGGCCCAUGGCGUGUCCCGCGUCAGGAAGGCCCCUGACCUGCUACCUCGUCCUGCUCCAGAGCCUGCUCCUGCUCCUGCUGCCCAGGGGAGUACCCUGCGGAGGGGCGGAGGGACCUCCUGAGUCUCCCUGCCACAGAGCUGAGCACCCCUUCAUCUCCCACACAGAAAUUGAGCCAUGGAUUCGGCGUUUCAGAGCAGAGGGCACAGUGGACUAUUCACAGCUGACCUUUGACCCUGGCCAGAACGAACUGAUUGUGGGCGCAAGAAACCACCUGUUCAGACUACGUUUAGAGGACCUCUCACUGAUCCAGGAGGCCGAAUGGCACUGUGAUGAGUUCACCAAAGGGGCCUGCUUCAGCCGUGGAAAAUCAGAGGAAGAAUGUCAGAACUACAUACGAGUGCUUCUGGUCAACGGAGACAGGCUUUUCACCUGCGGAACCAAUGCAUUCACUCCCAUCUGUACCAACCGCACGUUGACCAAUCUAACAGAAAUCCAUGACCAGGUCAGUGGAAUGGCACGUUGUCCUUAUAACCCCCUGCAUAACUCCACGGCUCUCAUCACGUCCAGUGGGGAGCUGUACGCUGCCACAGCGAUGGACUUCUCGGGCAGAGACCCGGCCAUCUACCGCAGCCUGGGGGGAUUGCCACCACUGCGCACCGCACAGUACAACUCCAAAUGGCUCAACGAGCCCAACUUCGUGUCCUCCUACGACAUCGGGAAUUUCACCUACUUCUUCUUCCGGGAGAAUGCGGUGGAGCACGACUGCGGGCGAACGGUGUUCUCCCGCGCAGCGCGUGUCUGCAAGAAUGACAUCGGUGGGCGCUUUCUGCUUGAGGACACGUGGACGACGUUCAUGAAGGCGCGUCUGAACUGCUCGCGCCCAGGAGAGAUCCCCUUCACCUACAACGAGCUGCAGGGAACGUUUCUCCUGCCGGAGCUCGAGCUCCUGUAUGGUGUCUUCACCACCAACGUGAACAGUAUUGCUGCCUCAGCGGUUUGUGCCUUCAACCUGAGCGCUGUGACCCAGGUGUUCAGCGGCCCCUUCAAAUACCAGGAGAACUCGCGCUCGGCUUGGCUGCCUUACCCUAACCCCACCCCUGACUUCCAGUGUGGUACCAUAGAUUAUGGCUCGUAUGUGAAUCUGACUGAAAGGAACCUCCAGGAUGCUCAGAAGUUCAUUCUGAUGCAUGAGGUGGUUCAGCCCGUGGUACCGGUGCCCUGCUUCAUGGAGGACAACGUCCGCUUCUCCCAUGUGGCUGUCGACGUGGUGCAGGGCAAAGACAUGCUCUACCACAUCAUCUACCUGGCCACAGAUUACGGCACCAUUAAGAAAGUGCUGUCUCCGCUGAACCAGACCACGGGCAGCUGUCUGCUCGAUGAGAUCGAGCUCUUUCCCUCCAGGAGAAGACGUCCAAUCCUCAGCCUUCUCAUUCUGCACAGUGGCAGCGAGCUCUUCGUGGGUGUCCGCGAGCAGGUCAUCAAAAUCCCACUCAUGCGAUGCAAUUUCCACAAAUCCCGGGAGGCGUGUGUGGGGGCCAGGGACCCAUACUGUGGCUGGGACCUGGUGCUGAAGAAGUGCACUACACUGGAGGAGAGUGUGAGCAUGAGUCAGUGGGAACAGAGCAUCACACAGUGCCCUGUGAGGAAUGUGACCGUGGAUGGUCACUUUGGCUCCUGGUCCAGCUGGAAGGCAUGUAGCCAUAGCGACGGUGUCAGUGUGGGGUCGUGUCAGUGUCGGACUCGCGCGUGUAACAACCCCAGUCCCCAGUGUGGGGGGCAGCAGUGUCAAGGCACCAGCGUAGAGGUGGCAAACUGCUCCAGGAAUGGCGCGUGGACCCCAUGGACAGGCUGGACGCCAUGCAGCACCACCUGUGGGAUUGGCUUCCAGGUGCGCCAGCGUUCCUGUAGUAACCCCACACCCAGGCACGGCGGCCGGGUGUGUGUGGGCCAGAACCGCGAGGAGAGAUACUGUAAUGAGCAUCUCCCAUGCCCCCCCCAUGUCUAUUGGUCAGCCUGGUCACCAUGGGAACGCUGCACAGUGCCAUGUGGCGGAGGGAUCCAAUCCCGUCGCCGGAACUGCGAGAAUGGGAACGAAUGUCCUGGAUGCAGCGUGGAAUACCAGUCCUGCAACGCACUGCCGUGCCCGGACCUGAAGAAGACCACUCCGUGGACGCCGUGGACUCCCGUGAACAUCUCGGAUAAUGGCGGCCAUUACGAGCAAAGGUUCCGCUACACAUGCAAGGCACGGGUGCCGGAGCCCAGCCUACUGGAGGUGGGAAGGCAGCGGAUCGAGAUGCGCUACUGCUCCAGCGACGGAUCCACGGGCUGCUCCACCGACGGUUCAGGAGAACUGAUGCUGUCAGGCCGUGUCACGGGGCUCAUGGUGAACGGGGGCUGGUCCUCCUGGAGUUCCUGGAGUCAGUGUAGUCGUGACUGCAGCUCCGGGAUCCGCAGCCGAAAGCGUGCGUGUGCCAGUCCCAAACCCAAACACGGAGGCACAGCCUGCCUGGGGCCCGCCCAGGAGUACCAGGAGUGUAACACCACCCCCUGCCCAGUGGACGGGAGUUGGUCGUGUUGGUCUUCGUGGUCUAAGUGCUCGGUGACGUGUGGUGGUGGUCAUUAUGUCCGCACACGUACAUGCAGUAACCCUCCACCGGCCUACGGGGGCGACAUCUGCCUGGGUCUGCACACGGAGGAAGCUCUCUGCAACACACAGCCCUGUCCCGAGAGCUGGUCAGACUGGUCAGACUGGUCCCACUGCGACUCAUCGGGCUCUCAGGUUCGCCUUCGUCACUGUGACAUCCUUUUCCCCACUGGGAACCAGUGCUCUGGGAACGGCAGUGAGAGUCGCACCUGUGUGUCUGACUCCAACUUCAUCCCAGAGAUCUCUGUGGCCCAUUCCAGCCAUGACUACAGACAGUGUGGAGACUUCAGCGUGUUCCACAUGGUGGCUGUGGGACUAAGCAGCUCGAUGCUGGGGUGUCUCGUCACCCUGCUGGCCUACGCAUACUGCCAGAGACUCCAGCAGCAGUCUCACGACUCAACAGUCAUCCACCCAGUCUCCUCAGCUCCGCUCAACACCAGCGUCACCAACCACAUCAACAAACUGGACAAGUACGACUCUGUGGAAGCCAUUAAGGCUUUCAAUAAGAAUAACUUGAUUCUGGAGGAAAGGAAUAAGUACUUUAAUCCCCAGCUUGCUGCAAAAACAUACACCAAUGCCUACUUCACAGACGUCAACACCUACGAUGACUACUAAGCAUGGAGUUGUACGCCCAGCGCUCCACUGCGACUAAUCCAUGCCUUCUUCUCUUUUGUUUUUUGGCUUUGUGCAUUGCUUUUUUCGAUGUUUUAUCUUAAGCGUCAUUCAAAAAUAAACUCCCAGCGAUUCAUCCUGAGGUCUAACGGGGACUCUACGCUCAUGCUCGCUGGUGUGGACACCAGAGCUCUGUAAACGCUCCUCCAUGCCCUUGUGGGCAUCACCACUGCAUCUGUGGGAUGGAGAAACAUUUAAAAAAGUUGUUAGAGAGGCAGUCUGCUCUCUAACGUGACUCCUGUGGAUCGUCUGGGGCCAUGCCUGGCUUUGCUGCAUGGUCUUCAUCCAGCGUCGUCUUCUCCGUUGUCAUUUCAUUUGUUUUGCAUGGUCGAUUGCGUCCCAGCGGACGGGACCCGUGUCCUGCGUGAUCUGGAGAGCUUUGUCUGCUGUGCUGAUUCAGCACUUGCCCUGUGCCUCACCGAGAUCCCAUGCUGAGGCCCCGCGCUGGUGUUUAGGAUGUUCGUCCACCGGAACAGAAGAAAAAAAAAGGCACAUCAGACAAAGUCCAGACAAUCAACACGUAGACACUUUGGUGUCUGGCAAAGGUGUUUGUGUCUCUUUCAGGCUUGUGUUGACUGAGCUGUUAGCAGUGGUCGGAAUAUGUGUUUUUGUUGUACACUCAGCAUAUAUUGUAUGUCUGUGUAGCUUUUGUAGAUUGAACUAUGACAAUGCAGUGUUAGCUCGCUCUGCUGUAACCCUGCGUUUCUGCAUAGCAUCGUUUUAACAUGUAGAAGAGGUCUGAAGAAGGACAGUCCAAGCACACUUUAUCACUACCUUUUUAUAACUGUAAGACUUUGAUAAUUUGAAUACAAUGAGCAUAUUUCAUGUUGUUGUUUUGUUUAAGAUUUAAACAGGAAGUCACACAGAUGAGUAUUAUUCUUAUCUAAUUGUUGUUCAUUUGUCUAAAUGUCAUUUUCAUGUUUUCUAAAUGGUAUGCUAAUUCCUUUUUCUUCGUUGUCACAUUUCUUCAUGGAGAUAACCACCUAUAAUGGAAAGGCAUCAUCGCUGACGGGACGUUUGUUCGAUUUCUACUAACUUUCUUUUUUACCUGCAAAGAAUUCUGUUUGCUUGUUUUAAUCUGCAUAAAUUAAAAGUGCUUCAUAUACUGUUA